GCGUUUGUCGAAGCCGGAGCUGACAUCACCUUCCUGGAGGCUCCGCUCAGUGAAGAAGAGAUGAUCAGGUACUGCGCGGAGACUCCCGGGUACAAGAUGGUGAAUAUGCUGCCCAGUGGCAAGACACCCUUCCUUCCACAUCAGCGACUCCAUGAGAUCG